CUCCCGGGUCAGUUGUUGUUUGGGCGUCGUGUCGAGCGGAGGUGUUGCGGCGCUUCGCUCUCUCUUCGUCACUGGGCAUUUCACCCACGCUCAUCAUAGAAAUUGUUCGCUUCGAAGGUUCUCUGUUGUCUUUACGAUACAUACCAAUACGGAUUACCUUCGCCUUAUGGUAUGGAUGUGGAAAAUGUCAAGUGAUAACGAGUGAGGAUUAAUCUACUUCGGAUAUCUCCUUGCAAUAAAUCCGCUCCGAAGCAUAAGAUUCGGGAAUUACCUUCGCAGGAAAGCUAUUCGAGACCACCGCGUGACACACAAGCCUCAAACCUCCGGAUCUAGACACAGAAGCCACGAUGGGAAUGAAUAAAGCAAAUAGCUUCCCCUUCAGGUUGAUGCUGGCGGCCGCGGCGUGCGUGUCCUGCGCGAGAGGAAACAUGGAUAUGUCCAAGAUUCGACGCGAAGGCGGCGCUACCAUCACUUCCUCGACGCUGGCCUGGGUGCACGUGAGCGAGGGAAUGCACACGGCACACGCAGUACUGGUUGCAGAAGAUGAUCCCGCUACAGUGUGGUGUCGUGCCGAGAAACACGGCACGUUUGUGGCCGGAGCCAUGCACGGCGGAGUGUGCUCCGUGCCUUUCCUCGGCAAAGUGCUGCGCGUGGAGGGCGACUUCGAGGUGUUGGUGUCCGUGAAUGGUUCCGCGAAGGUGAGGUACGUGCAGUGGGACCGCUACAUGGCCCCCCCUCACAACGCCGUGGCUGCACAUGCGAAACGCUUCUUGGCGGUGCGCGAAGACAAGAACAGCUUCCCGCAAGCAGGCUUCCUGGCGCCGCAGGAGCGUCGCGCCCACCUGGUCGCUGGCGCCGACGUCGUCCGCGUGGACAAUGCCAUGGUGCUCGUGGAGGACGAACCCGUGUCCUACGACCUGCGAGGCAUCACUUUGGACGGCUAUAUCAACGUCUCGAAUGUGGAAACUGUGCUGGCAGAGGCCCUGCUGCUCAACCCUGGCCCCUCCCGUCAGCGCGUGGUGGAGGAGCGCGAGGUGGUGGUGAAGCAGUUGUCGUACUGGGGCAGCGUCAAGGGCACCUACGUCGGCCUGCCCUCGCACGUGGUGUCACCGCCGCCCGAGACCGAGGAGCACGAACUGGUCUGGGGCAUCCAGAAUGAGUUCGACCGGAUGCAGCGACAGAUCCUGGAGUACGACCUCCCCCCUGGCACGGGCGUCAGGGUCCAUCUUAUCGGGACCGUGCGCACGACGGAGGCACCCUACAACGGCAAACUGACCACCACGUACAAGGACGGGAGCCAGGUCUCGCGCGUCAUCGAGGGCCUUCACAUGGACCAGCGGCUGGUGCUGCUCAGCGCCAACUACUCCUCCCCGUACUACAUUCACAACAACACCGUGCUCAGCAUCCCCGCGCAAAAAACGAUGCUCUACAGCUCCACCACCACGACCACCACCACCACAACAACCACCACUACCACCCCCGAGCCUCCUAAGAUGUCCAUGGUUGGGCCGGAGAAGCCGAAGAGCGACUCCCUGAGCACCACGUCCCAGCACGACGUGCCCCUGGAGGCCGACAGCGGCGCAGCUCAGCUCGCCGUGUGGCCCGCGCUGGCCGCCCUGCUGUCCCUGGCCGCCGCUCGCGCCUGAAGCCCUCUCCAGGGCGCUGUAGGCGAAGACUCUCUGUGACAAUGUGAUCUUGUGAUUUUAUGCUACAAGUGUUUCGUUGAUCAUAUAUACUCUACUGGUUUAGUACUGAUAUGACUGUAUGUAAUGUACAUCCUGGAAUAACUUGAUGUCUGAAUUAUUAAUCUCAUAGCGACUUAUAAGCAAUGUGAGCGUUUGUAUGUGAACGUGAAUGUAUGCGUGCGUGUGUAACUGUAAUGCAAUAAAGCGUACUGCCGUGACUCUGAUCUACGUCGUGUGUGACAGGCGGUACAUACGAACUGCACAAAGUGCUCCCUCAGUCCUGUGAGAGACGCCGCGGCAAGCGCAUUCCGACGGCGAAGUCGCUACUACAAGCCACAUCGCACUUGAUAUCCGAGAAACGCACAGGCUUCUCCUUGGCACCGCGGCCCAGAGAAUUCACCAGGGAGUGCCACCGCUGCUGUGGCAAACGGGCGAGGCCGGCGCUGUGCGUCCCCAGGGCCACGAAACCACGACAACGCAGCGCGACAUCACAGCCUCUCCGCCAGACUAUAAAUGAACGAGUGAUUAUCGGACUGUCAAGUCUGUACGAUUGUUCUAUUUAACGCAGUGUAAAUGUGAAGGUGCAUGUGACGGUGUCAGUAAAAGGAUGUAGACAGGUUUGUCUUUAAGGAUGUGUAUAGUAAAUAUGAGCGUCAGAAGAGUUUAAUAACGUCUGAUAAGUUUACGAUAUAGACUAGAAAAUACUGGAAAGGUAUAUAAUGAAAUAUUUUAAGAUGUGUUCUAUAUAAGCAGGAGUAUGGAAGAAAUGUGAUUGGAUGUAAAUACUGUGUGUGUACAGCUCUUACUGUAUAUUAUUAUAUUAACCCUAGGUAGUGGCUAUCUUGCGUGUUUGUACUCCCGUAACAAUGUUCAUUAUGAGUUGCCGGUGACGUUAAUUUAUUUUCCAAGAAGUCCGCGUAGGCGAAGGGCGAGGCGCUCACCCCGACAUCCGGAGUCGCUGUCCGGAGGACGCAACACGACCUCGCGUUCCCGGGGCGUCGACGUCUCGCGCGCACGUACGCACGCAACACCUAUCCUCCUUCCCAGACAUUCCCUCGCCACAGCUUGCAGACGACAUAUCCACAGCGACAGUAAUCUCCGCUUCUGCCUCGCGUCGCCCACCGACCACGUCGAGGCGCCCUUCUCGCGCGCGACGGCCACGCGGUGCGGCCAGGUCACUCUGUUGCCUCAAUGUUGUACGUUUGACGUAGUGUGUAGUGUGUGGACAUCGCGAGCAGUCUCCUACCGUGACUCUCCAGUUCGGAGGGGACACAACCACGCUGAACAACUUUGUACCUGUCCAUGGAAUAAACGUGAGACAAGGA